AUGGACCCCUCACUGCCAUCACCAACAGUGUACCAGACACCGAUCCCACCUGACGCGUCGCAGUUAUUCUCUGGAGCUAGCAUGGCCAAUGGCAACGCCAACGGCCACAGUCAUGCGCGCGCUGCUUCCAUCGGAGGGAACAGACACAACCGCAUGAACAGCCACAGUCAAGCACCGACCACCAAUGGCACGCGUCAUGCCCGAGCUGCGUCGACCAAGGCCGGUGACGAUCGCCGAACGCCGAUCCCUGUGGGCAACCACAACCGCACAAUGUCGACGAUCACCAUCGGCGGCCAGGACCGCAUGCAGUCUGGCGACCGAGGACGUGGCAUGAACGGGGGCGGAGUGCCUCAUCAUGAAGCGUCCCUGUCGCCUCUAGCACCUGGCCCAGCUACCAUUGGCACCGUCCAGGCGCCUUUGCUACCUGUAACGGGAGGCAUGGGCCUCGCCGGCGGGCAGGGUGCCACACCUAUCGCAGGCGCGCCAGGAGGUAACCUCUCUGGCCGUGUGCAGGCGGCGCCUGAGGUGGUUGCUGGCUGGUCGGACGCCCAGCGCCUCACCGAGGCUGUGCUUCGACUGCAAGAGCAGGAAAACCUGGCUGACGACGAGAUGUUGGCCGUGCUGCAAGAGUUUGAGGAGAGCAGUCGGGCCGUCACGACCUAUCUGGCCCUCAAAGUCGAGCACGUCCGGCUCAACUAUCUCGGUAGCAUCAUUACAAAACGUGGACAUUCGCAUGGUUAG